AUUGGCGCGCUUUUUGUUUUCAUUCGCGCACGAUUUGACAUUUUAAAAGCGCUGUGUAGGGUUUUCUUGUGUUUAAUUUCAUAGCUUUUAUAAAUUUUAAUAUUUAAAGGGUUCGGAAUAAUUUGUUAAGGUAUGCAAAAGUCAGCGGUGAAAACGCCUACUACCAAUAAAGGGGAAGGCAGUGCUGCGAAGAAGUUGAGCGGAAAAAAACUUGUGCAGGCGCGGCUGCCAUUUAAAAUAAUAUCAUCAAGCCUCACCCCGGCUGCUGGAGUGUCUGUGCCCUCCAAGGGUACAACAACGCCUGCACAAGAUGGGCGGAAACGCAGGUUGUCGUUUGAAGCUGAAGAUAAAAUAGAAACAGAAAAAGAAGAGUCUGAUGCGUUGCGUGGACGUUCGACUAGCAAAGAAAACUUGAGCGCAAAGAAAAAGAAAACAACAGAUAAAGAUGAUGAUAUUAUAUUGUUGGAUGAUGAUGAUAUCUUGGAAGAGGAUGACGACAAGAAGGAAGAGAUGAAGGAUAAUCAGAAUAUUAUAAAACAAAAGCUGAACAAAAAUGUGGCAUUAGCAUCUCCAAAUACAAACAAAUCAAAAGCAUCAAUUGGACUUAGCGGAGUGAACUCACCAAACACACCAAAAACAAGAGGAGCCAAAGCGAAGGAGAUCGGAACACCCGAAAAUUCUAAUGCGAAAACUGGUACACCCGGAAGUGCGAAAAAUAAAUCCAGCAGUAAAGCAAGUGGAAGUGCAACAAAAGUCCAAAUAAAAUUGCCACUUGGCAGUGCUAAGAGUAAUAAACGGAAAAAAACUAAGGUAGAAGUAGAGUGCGUUGACGCUGAACUCGUUAUUUCCAGCGAUGAAAAUGAUGCAAAUCCAAAAAAGCGACAAAAAUUAGAAAGCACCUCAGAGAAACGUGCUGAACAGGUUGAAAAAGUAAUUAAUUUGACUGCGGGGCUUAGUGACGCAGAAACAGAGGAAAAUGCGGAUGUUUUGGUUCUUGAAAUUGGUGGAAAUGAAACAGAUGUUGCCGAUUCAGAGUUAGACAGCAGAAGUAGCUCUAUAAAUAUUAACUCGAAAGGCACACCAUCGAAAAGGGGUACUCAUACCCAAGUUAUUGGUGAUGAUAUUGCCAAUAAAAAUGAAGAAUCUCAUUCGGUAAAAUCUCAAACCACACCUCAACAUUCAAAGGAACUGCGAAAAAGGGGCGGCGAUAAACAAAAUCAGGGUUCGGAUGAUUUUCCAACAAAGAGUAAUAAAAAUGUUAUUUCGAGUUCCAAAACUAAAGUGGAACCGGUUAAAGGUGAAGGGGGACAAAGUCGGAAUAUAAAAUCAUUGCCGACAGAAGAAACUAAACAAAAAGAAAGUGUCAUUCAAAAGUUUAUGGAUACACCUAUAAUUAUAAAGGAUUCUUUGGGCUCCGAAAGUUCUUCAUCUUCCAAUAAUGAAUCCAAAUCGCACGUUGAGAAAAGUGGUACUAAAAUGAUUGUUACUCCAAAAAUCAGCAGGGAAGAUGCAAAUACGACAUCAAAGAAAAAUCUCACACCGAAGCAGAUAAAAUUAAUGGAACAACGACGUAAGGCACGUGAAGAGAAGGAAUCUCGGUUGCAAGAAGAAAAAAUGCAAAAGCAACGGGAGAAAGAAGCGAAAGAAUUGGCAAAGAAGCGAGAACGAGAGGAGCGCGACGAGCAACGUCGUAAAGAACGAGAGGAGAAAGAUGAGCAAAAGCGUAAAGAACGCGAAGAAAAGGAACGGAAGCGGCUGGCAGAGCUGGAAGUGAAAAACGAAGAAAAACGGAAACGUAAUGAAGCAAAAGAGGAAGAGUUGCGUAAAAAGGAAGAGGAGCGAAAACGGAAAGAAGGUGCGGAUUUGAAAGCUAAGAAAGAAGCUGAAGCUUUUCAAAAGUUCUUCAAAGCAAAACGCACAUUAAAUGCAGAUGGUGAUGCGAGUCAGCUGCAGGCACAUCAAGACGAAGGUUAUGAUCCGGAAACCCUCGCUUUUCGUCCAUUUGAGGUGAAAGGUGACAUGAAAUUAGCGCCUUUAUGUCGCAAACAGUUAUCCCCAGAGUGUAGGCAACAACUCGACACAUGUGUAGGCGCGCGCACGGAUUCCAUGCCACAGAGUCAGGAUUUGUAUCUGGUGGAGCUGAGAAAUGGUAAAAUAACACCUGGCAAAUGGAGACGUAUAUCAGUAGACACAAAAGCAUCCGAAGAUGAUAUCCAAAUCAUAGAUGAUGAUCUAGAUCGGGCUGGCCUGGCAAUUGUUGAAGAGACACAUGCACCAAUUGAACACUUCCGAGCCAAGUUUUACAAAUUCCAUGAGAAUCGUAGACCACCAUAUUACGGUACAUGGAGGAAACGAACGAGCGUUAUCAAAUCCAGGCGUCCCUUUGCGCAAGAUACGAAGUGUUUUGACUACGAAGUUGAUUCUGAUCUCGAGUGGGAAGAGGAAGAGCCUGGCGAGUCGUUGGACGGCAGUGAUGACGAAAAAGAGAAAGAGUCAGAGGAUGACGACUACGAGGUCGACAACGAAUGGUUUGUGCCACAUGGUCAUCUGAGUGAAGAAGAACUUCAAAAUGAAGACGAAAUUCUCGAUGCAAAUACACGCGAAGCUCAAAAGGCAAAAUUGCAAGUUUUGCAGCAAGAGUUUGCACAGGAAAUGAAAAAGAAAACCGAAAAAAUCAAGCCGCGUCUUAUCGGCUGCAUUUGGGCAGAUGAAAAUGGCAAUCAGCCCGCAUUGUGCCCGAAAAUAAUCUGGGAUACCUUAAACAGCCGUGCAAUGUUAUGUGAAGUUCCACCUCUAUUAGAAGAUCCCGAAGUCCCAGAGAAGAGUGAAAUCGGCUCACCAACUUCUAACCGAAAUGAGAAAACAGUGGAAAAGGUGAAGCCCAUAAAAAUAACCGAAAUAAUGUUGAAGGAUUUGGUACGCCUAGUACAUGGCAAUCACCAUUCCAAAAACUUCUUAAUAAAAGAGUUUAUAGCUUACUUGGAAGCUAACGAGGAAUCUAUAAAGAAUGGUGAAGUUCGUGGACCGGUGAAAUCGUUAGUAAGAGAAAAAAUCGACGAUUUCGCAGAAUGGACAAUUACAGAGUCAGAUAAUUUGUUACAAAAUAGUAAGAAAAAAAAUAAAAAACGUUUGUGCUGGAUCGUAUCUGCUGAUGUAUUAAAGAAAAUGGAUCUGGAAAAUCUGGGAUUGCGCAACACUUGGAAAUAUACGUUGCAACCAAGAUCAGCAAACGAGGAAACCACAAAGGUUGAGGUUGAAGUUGAAACACAAAAAGAAACUGUCACAGAGGCGACAAAAACAGUGGCUAAUGACGAGGAAAAGGAAAGCAAACUCGAAGGAAAGCCAAAAGCGAAAACAGCUAAAAAUAAACAAGCCGGUCAUCAUCACAAAGGUAGAAAGGACAAAAGUAAUUUUGAAUUGACGAAGUUCGCAAAGUUGUUGCCAGCGAAGAAAUCUCCUAAAAUUACAUCGGUUUCAGAGACGAAACAAGAUUUAAAAGCCGCAUCUGAUGACAGCAAACCAGUGGCGAAAUCAGCAACUCCAAUGCCCACAGAACCGGCUGCUAAGGUUAAAAAGCGAGUGCCGCUUCUGAUGUCUGUGGCGCGUGGACAACAUAUAUCGCAGCCAGUAAAGAAUGCGCUCAUUAGUGAAUUCUUACAGAAAAGCUCCGCCGAAAACGAGGCGAGUUCUAGCAAAAAAGCAGAUGUUCCUCCUACGACCAUUUCAAAAGAAGUCAGCGAAGUUGUCGAAGUCGACUAGGCUGCUUGUAGUGAUUAAUUUAGUUUUAUUUUAAUUUUACUAUUGUACUCUCACAUGUACCGUUUACCCUGUCACUU